CAGGUGUGGAGUCUAGCUACUACUUUCAAUUAUAUAACAACACUGGCAGCCAAAAGUGAAAAGCGAAUACUUCGUAGCAAAUUGAAAUAAGAACAAAUGUUGUAUUUUAAACAUAGAGCAACUUGUCUAGUGACUGGUUUCUUUUUAAUCCGCCUCCCGUGACCGGCGCCCCGCCACAGACUACAGCGUCGGCUCUCCUUCGUUCGACGAAAACAACUUUUAACCACAGCCAUUUUCCAAAUGUUUCCCUCUGGGAUGAACCCCGGCGGUCUUUUAAGUGAGUUUGAUAAAGUUUGUACAGUGCGAGUGCUCACCUUGGGACGCGGUAGGAGAUGCGUCGCUGUCAUCCUGGUCCGCCAUUUCUCGUGACGUCACACAGGAACCGGAGAACCUGCCUGGAGAACCCCAGCUCAGCCCCCCUCUUUCCUCCCUCUCAGGUGUAACAUAAGGAAGAAUGGAUGGCCACUCACCUCGCAGUCGUACAAGUCGCUGAGCUGCUCGAUGAUCCACUCCUCCAGAACCAGCCUCUUUCUCAGCUCCUUGCGGUCGUACUUGACGGUGACUUUGCCGUGCUUCUUCUGCACCGGGUCGACGUCGGGCGGCGCGCUCAGGGGCGCCGAGCCCACGCAGCCCACCCCGGGCGCGGGCUGGAAGAAGACGCGGCCGCCGGCGGCGGGCAGUGGGGCGCUCGUCUCGGUGCUGGCGGCCGACAUAGCGGGCGGGCGGCUGACUGGACUGGCUGGCGAGGCGGCGGAGUCAAGCUGCCGAGUCCUCUUCUCUGUCCGGUCAUGGCUGUCCUCUCUGUCCUCACGCCCUUCCUGGCACUGGUGCUGUGCAUGGUGACGGGUUUCCUGGUGCUGAGGAGCCGCCGCCAACACAAGAUUGUGGACCCCGGGGGGGCAACAAAAGCUGGCUUUAAACCAUGGGUGGACCAGGAUCUGCGGGAUGACAGCGAGGUCCCCACACAAGAGGAUGAAGAAGGCGAGUGGGUUGACAGCACAGAGGAUGACGAUCUCCAGCACGUGCCCUACUCACCUGAGCGUCAUCCCGAGGAAAGGAUGCUGCAGCGAUCCCAGGACUUCUACGCUCUGAUGAGCCAGCGCAGGUCAGUGCGCUUCAUCAGCUCAGAGCCGGUCCCACGGGAAGUCAUCGACAAUGUCGUCCGCACUGCAGGUACCGCCCCCAGUGGAGCGCAUACAGAACCCUGGACCUUUGUGGUAGUUUUCGACGUGGACACAAAGCAUCGGAUCAGACUGAUAGUGGAGGAAGAGGAAGAGGUGAACUACCGCCAGAGGAUGGGUGACAAGUGGGUGAAUGAUUUAGCUAAAUUAAGGACAAACUGGAUUAAGGAGUACUUGGAUGUCGCUCCAUGUUUGAUGCUGAUCUUCAAGCAGACCUACGGCGUUCUGCCGAACAAGAAAAAGAAGACACACUACUACAAUGAAAUCAGCGUGUCCAUAGCUUGUGGCAUCCUACUGGCUGCACUGCAGAACGUGGGCCUUGUGACCGUGACGUCGACGCCUCUCAACUGCGGCCCCAAACUCCGGCUCCUUCUCAAUCGACCGGCCAAUGAGAAGCUCCUCAUGCUCCUUCCUGUCGGUUACCCCGCUAAAGACGCCACCGUGCCUGACCUCAUGCGCAAGCCUCUGGAGGACAUCAUGGUGCACAUUUAAGUCUGCACAGAGAAUAUGUGAUAAUAUUUUGUCAUUAAUAAGUCAUUUGCAUUAAAGCUCUUUUAAAAGGCAGGUUCCUAUUUAGUGGUGUGUUUUAGUUUAAUCCUGCCUUCUCCUUUGUCUGCGCCUGUGUGUUCAGUAAUUUGUCCUUGGCGAGAGACGGACCUUGAGGCACACCUGCUCGUUAUUAGUAUUUAGGCUCGUCACUGACAGUUUGGCCUUGCCGGUUAAUGUAUCCCGAACCUCUCUCGUGCAUGCUUCACCUCACCAGACCUGGUACGUUGUCGCUACUUAGUCCUGAAUUCCUUAACCUCUACUUUGUUUGUUUACCGGCAACCCUGAGGUAAAGGGGGAUUAUUUUUUUGGACUCUUGCCCUGCUCAGUGUGCCCUGGCCUUAUUUCCUGCCGACCUCUGAGGAACCUAUUUUGUUCAGGUUACAUGGUGUGCGCUUCUGCCCCAUCGCCCUUAUUUAUCCCUUUUGUCUAAUUAAAUGUCUUCAUUUUUGUAAUUCCA